CUGUUCCCUACCUGAUCGCCCAUAUAAGAACAGCUAGCUAUACAUAUGAAAAGUCAACCUCAAUACUGAAUUUAUAAACUCUUUGAUUUCAAACAUUUCUAAUUUUAUCAUCAAACAACAAGUACCCACCACCUAUUAUUAAUAAGGUAUUCAUCAAUGUUUGCUACUCUACCGAUCCAUCAAAACAUUUCCGUUCUCUUCCACCUCUUCCACAUUCCAACCAUUUAUUAAAGUUAAACAGUUAUGUCAGAGAUGUUUUUAUCAAUAAUUAAUUAAUUUCUCAUUCACAGAUAUUGUAAACUCAUCAUCUUCUUCCACGCUUCUCUAUAUAAUCUCUUGAAAGUGUUGUGUUUAAAAAUACGAAUUUUCUUUUACUUUCAUUCUCUUCUUCUCUCAAGUCUCAAUGAUGUCUUCUAUCUCUUCGACUAUGAGUUUUGUGAAUGAGCAAAUUUGCUAUAUCCCCUGUAACUUCUGCAACAUCAUUCUUGCGGUGAGUGUUCCAUGCAGUAGUUUGUUCGAAACGGUGACCGUCAGAUGUGGGCAUUGCGCAAAUUUGUGGUCUGUAAACAUGGGAGCUGUUUUACAGUCACUAUCGCUACAAGAUCUGCAGACACCUAACAAUGGUGAUCAUUUUCAGAGGAUUGAUUUUCCAUCCUCUUCAAAACAUAACCAGGAUAUUCAAGUAAUGCAAGUAACUACUGCUGCUAAAACUGAAAAACGGAUUGUUAAUCAGCCUCCUGAGAAGAAACACAGGGUUCCAUCAGCAUAUAAUCAGUUCAUAAAUUGUUGCCAUCCAUUUCCUCUUGUUUCUUUUAGGGAGGAAAUACAAAGGAUUAAGGCCAAUAAUCCAGAUAUCAACCACAGAAAAGCAUUCAGUACUGCAGCCAAAAACUGGGCACAUUUUCCCCAUGCUCAUUACGGGUUGAAGUUGGAGAGCAAGAAUAAUCAAGCUAAGCUCCGUGAAGAGAGCUGCAAAAUGUUCGCUGCAUACAAGUCAUGUACUAUUCUUGGCAAGAACUAAAUGCGUAUAUAUAUACAUAACAUGUUCGCGAUAAUUAAUAGGGAUCUGAUUUUCUAAUGAAAAGGGCCAGAUUACCAAAUGAAUGGUGAUCAGAGCCAGAUUACCAAGGGAUCAUCUGAUUAGCGUACUUGAGAUGAAAGUAUUUCAGCGAUUUCAAAGUAUUAAUGGUUUUCGUCACGAGUAGUUAUUAGUCUAAUUAGCUCCUCAUUUUUAUAUAAUAGUAAAUGUGACUGGAUCUAAUUAUUGAAAAAUAUUAAGACGAUAAGUACUCAUUCUUCCUCUUAAUUGAUCUUCACCUUAUCCCACUGAACCUGGGCAGCACUCUUGAUUUA